AUGAAUGCCCUUGCUACCAAUCAACUGGGCUCAACUACUCUCCAAAGACAGGGAACUCGUCCUAGAAGAAUGAAAGGGAAGCGGAAAAUAUCCCCUAACAGCACUCAGGGGUGGACGCCACCAUCAAGCAACUCUCAGAACAGCGAUAACCUAUCUAAUGACUGUCGCCUGGGCCUAGUCUCGAUAGUCCAGGCCGUCCACAAUGCGAACGUACAAUAUAAAUCUAUUGUCGAUGAGUAUUUACGAUGGCGAAAUAAGUUACGGACCCGAUCUAGCUCCAAUCCAAACUCGACAAGAUUUAGCAACGAUGAUCUCCAAACAUUGGACGAAGUCAUGAAAGCCUACCUCUCAUUAGAUCAGUCUAUUGCUUGGCAACUGCUGGCAAACCUGGGCGACAAGUCUUAUAUCGAUAUAUGGAAGCGGGCGGCCGACAACAUGGCGUAUUUGAAGGGGCUAUGGAAACACCAGGCACCGAAACAUUUGGAAAAAGCAAGGAACCGAGCCGUCGAUCUUAAGAAUUGCCGAGUCACAGUAGAAAGUAGCUUUAAACUUGUCGAAAAGGAGCUUCGGGAUUCGGGGUUCGAUCAUUACUGCGAAGCUAUUCUCGCGAAGAAAGAUAUGCUCUUGAAGUAUGAGGAAGCAUAUCCCAUAUUACCAGAGCCUCGCCCAGCGUCAGAGAUUCGCCAGGAGUCACCACUUACAUUUCAGAUGUCGACGCUCAUUUUCAUCGUCUUCACGGCGGUGGCAUUAAGUUUCAUACCCAUGGGUAUGGCCUGGUCCAGAUCAACCAAUACACCAGGCUCUACCCAAGAUCCCGACUUCUAUUUGCAAAUCCAAAACAUGAUGUUGCAACUCUUAGGCCUCUCCACAGCCAUGCUCGUCGCCCAUCAGAGGUUAUCCGACAAUAAAACCGCUUGGAAUUAUGCUUGUUACUUUACUGUCGCCGGUGUUAUAUGCACCAUUCUUGCGGUACCGGUGUAUGCAUUUGUCUCGACUAUAUGGUCCUCCUUCGCAUCCUACCUCGCAACCGUUAUGCAGGUUGGGGCGACGCUCCAACUGGCUCUAAUCGCGAAAACCCCUAAGCAAAAACAGCUCUGA